AUGCUGUACUACCUACAACAACAACCGGAACCGAGGAGGAAGGGGAGGGACUUGCGCGCUUAUAGCACUUAUGGCUUCCAACUCUUUUGCCUUACAAUACACAGCAUGGCUUCACAACCUCUCGUUCAUCAGAUCGUACACAAACAUGACCCUCUCCUCUCAAUGAGCACGCGCGAUUUGGUUGCUUGGAAUGGAGCGAUCCCUCAACAUUCAUACUGA